GUGGGGACAGUGCGCAUGCGUAAUUGAUACGGCGCGUAUUAAACGCACGCGCGCGUAUACGGAAGGAGGAGGAGAAAGAGAUGUCGGAUUUGCCAGCAGGCUGGGAGAGGCGUCAGUCACGCUCCUCUGGCAAAGAGUACUACUACAACAUCUACACAGACGCCAGCGUGUGGGAAACACCCAUAGAACCACCAGCUGGACAGGUCCAGGCGUCCCACUUGCUGGUGAAGCACGCCCAGUCUCGCAGACCGUCCUCAUGGAAACAGGAGAAGAUCACACGCUCCAAAGAUGAAGCAUUGGAGAUCUUGAAAAACUUUAGGGCGAUGUUGGAGUCGAAAGAGGUCAAGUUCGCAGAGCUGGCCUCCAAGGAGAGUGACUGCAGCAGUGCUCGCAAGGGAGGGGACUUAGGGAUAUUCGGACGAGGGCAAAUGCAAAAGCCGUUUGAAGAGGCGACGUAUGCUCUGCAAGUUGGAGAGCUGAGUCAACCAGUCUUCACGGAUUCAGGGAUUCAUCUCAUUCUGCGAACUGCCUAG